GGAGUGUGAGCUGUCAGACAGCCAAUCACAGCUGCACGCUCUGAGGUCAGAGGUCAGCUCUCUGCACAAACAGGUCAAGACCCUGAACAGCGACUGCAGCAAACUGAGAGCUCACAAGGAGGAGGAGGCCGACACAGUCAUCAGCUGAGAGCAAGAGGGUCACAGAUGGAGAGACUAAUGGAGGAGAAGGAGAGAGAGUUGGCCUCCCUGAUGGAGGAGAGAGAGAAGGUUGCACGACAGCAGGAGGAGAUGUCCUCUCGGUGUUCAUCUGUGUGUGCCGAGCUGCAGGAGGCGCAGGAGCAGCUGCAGCGGGCGAGAGAGGAGGAGAGGAAGAGAGAGCAGGAGGACCAGGAGAGAGAGAGCAGGAGGCAGCAGGAGGACCAGGUGCUGAUGGAGCUCAGGUCUCUGUCGGUGUCUCUCCAUCAGCAGCUCGCUCAGCAGCAGAAGCAGCUGUCGCAGUCAGAGGUCGACAGAGGUCAGCUGAUCACACACGUUCAGACUGUGCAGGACGUCAAACACACCCUGCAGGGAGAGGUGGCGUGUCUGAGAGAGGAGCUGGAGGAAGUGACAACCAAGAGAGAAAGGUGCGAGGAGGAGAGUGAGGCGCUGAAAGAGAAGAUGGAACGACUGACAGAGGAGGUGGAGGAGCUGAGGAGAACAAGGACGGAAGAGAAGGAAGAGGGAAAGAAUGAGAGAGAGGCCUGGCAAAGAGAAAGGGAAGGUCUGAAUGAGGAGUUGGGGACGAGGGAUGGAGAGGUGGAGGCCCUGAGGAGGCGCAAAGAGGGAUUGACUGAGGAAAAGGAGGAGAGACAGAGGGAGGUGGAGAGACUGACGAGGGAGGUGAUGGAGAGGGAUAUGCAAAUCAGCCAGAUGAUGGAGAGAAUACAGCGAGCAGAGAGAGAGAGGGAGAACCUGGAGGAGGAGGUGAAGAAGACAGAACUGAGUUUGAGAGAGGAGGAGGUGAAGAGGGAGGAGAGGAGGAGAGAGAUCGAGGACCUGUGUGACCGGCUGGAGAGAUUAGAAAGAGAGAAGGACGAGAGAGAGGGGGAGGUGGAGAGAUGCAGGAUGAGAGUGAAAGAAGUGGAAGAGGAGAUCAACACACUGAGAAAACGAGAGGAGGGAGAGAGAGAGGAGGUUGAGAGACUGAGGGGCAGAGUGGAGGAGGUGAAGAGGGACAGAGAGGAGGAGAGCAAAAAGAAUGAGAGAUUGAAAGAGGAGAAGGAGGAAGCUGUAGGAGGACUGUCGGAGACGCUGAAGGAGAAGGUGGGGGAGAUGGAGCUUCUGAGGGUGAGGCUGAAUGUGGCAAAGGAGGAGUGUGAGGAGGUGAAGGAGGAGGUGCAGCGGAAGGAGUGCAGCCUGGAACGACAGAUGAACGCCGUGAGAGAGAGGGAGGAGGAAGUAGAGGAGCUGAAGGAGCGACUGAGGCUGUUGGAGGAGCGGGAGGAGGAGGGAUCGAGGGAGCGAGAGGAGGUGAAGGAGAAACUGAAGCUGAUGCAGGAGAGAGAGGAGCGGCUGGAGAUCCUGCUGAGAGAAACACGAGAUAUUCUGGAGGAGGAGAGAAAGGAGGGAGGAGAAAAAGAUGAAAGGAUCUCCCUGUUGGUCAAAGAGCUGAAGGAGGCUCAUUCCGAGUCCGAUGGAGUGAGGAGGAGAGAGAGAGAGGGCAAGGAGGUAAACAACAGGCUAGAAGAGGAGGUGAAGGAGUGGAUGGAGAAGGUAGAGCUGAGUACCAGGGAGUCAUCAAAGAUCAGUUGUCUUCUGAAAGAACGAGAGGAGGAGGUGCAACAGCUGAUAGAGGAGAGGGAGGAGGAGAAGAAAGAAAGAGAGGAGGAGAGGAGAGAGAGAGAGGAAAGGAGAAGGAGGAUGGACAUCGAGCUGAUGGAGUUGGAUAAGGAGAAGAGGAGACUAGAGGAGAAAUUGAGGGAGGUGGAAGAGGAACAGGAGGAAGAAAGGGAGGAAAAGAGGAGGACGAGGGAGGAGAAAAGGAGACUGGAGGAGAAAGUGAGGGAGGUAGAGGUGGAGUGGGAGGAGGAGAGGGAGGAGAAGAGGAGGAUGGAGAACAGACUAAGGGUGAUGCAGGAGGGGAGAGAGGUCGAGGAAAAGGAGCUGCAGAAUGUGAAGGAGGAGAAAAGGAGGUUUGAGGAUAAACUGAAAGAGAGCUUAAAAGAAAUGGAGGGACAGAGGGAGGUGCUGAGAAGUAAAGAGGAGGAGAAAAGAAAGCUAGAAGAUGAAGUGAGGAAGACCAAAGAGGAGCGAGCGGAGAAAGUGGAGAAAGAGAGAGAUAAGCACCUCCUUGUGGAGGAGCGAGGGAGGAUCAGAGUCAGACAGCUAGAGGAGGAGAAGACAGGGUUGACAGAGGAGCUGAGGAAGACAGAGAGGGAGGUGACAGCGCUGAGGGAGGUGGUGAAAAGAGAACAAAGAGAGAAGAAAGAUGCACAGGAGGAGGCGACAGUCCUCAAGGAGGAGGUCCAGAGGGAGCAAAGAAGGAGGGAGGAGACCCUUGAGAAGUGGAGGCAGACCGAGGAAAUACAGAAGGAGCUGAAGAGGAGCGAGAGGGAGGUGUCUUUACUGACAGAGGAGGUCCAAGAAGAACAGUGGGAAAAGAAGGAGGUGCAGAAAGAGCUAAUGAGGAGGAGAGAAGAGUUGAAAGCUCUGAGGGAGGAGGUGCAGAGGGAGAGAGAUGGAGCGCCGGAGGAGCUGAGGAGGAGGAGAGAGGAGGUAACAGGGGCCCAAAGAGAGAAGGAGGAGAUAGAGGAGAAGCUGAGGAGGACGGAGAGGGAGAUGAUGGCUCUGAGAGAGGAGGUGCAGAGGGAACGAAGAAGGAGUGAAGAAACCAAAGAGAAGCUGAGGCAGAUGGAGGAAGCACAAGAGGAGCUGACGAGGAGAGAGAGGCAGAUGUUGGAGGAGUUACAAAAGGAAGAGAGGGAGAAGAAGGGGGUGCAGAAGGAGCUCAUGCGGAGGAUGGAGGAGAUGACGACUCUGAUGGAGGAGGUGAAAAGAGAACAAAGAGAGAAGGAGGAGACCGAGAAGAAUCUGCGGAGGACAGAGGAGGAGGUGAGGACUCUCGGAGAGGAGGUGCAGAGGGAGCGGAGGAGGAGGGAGGAGGUGCAGGAGGAGCUGAGAGGACUUCAGCAGAGCGUGGAGGUGACGACGGAGAACAUGAGCUCCAUGCAGAGUCAGGUGUGUGACCUGAGUCUGAGGGCGGAGCGGUCGAAGCAGGAGGUGAAGGAGCAGGAGCAGGAGAGGCAGCAGAUGAAGGAGGAACUGAGGGAGGCGGUGGAGGAGGUGACCCAGCUCAAAGGGCUCCUGCAGGAGAGCCACGCAGAGGGAGAGCGACUGAGGAGCGUUCUGCAGGACAAGCACAAGGAGGAGGUGGAGAACCUGAGGACGGUCAUAGAGGAGGUGGAGCAACAGAGGGAGGAGGUUGAGAAGGAAAGAGGACAACUGGAGGAGCUGAGAGCAAGAACCAAGGCCCUGGAGUGGAGGAGGAGCGAGGUGAUGGAGGAGCUGGAGGAGGCUCUUCAGGCGAAGGAGAAGGCUGAGGAGUGUUGGAGGAGCAGAGUGGAGGAGAUGGAGGAGGAGAAGCGGGUGAAGCUGAGAGAAAUCCAGACGGUGAAGAAGAGACAGGACGAGGUGGAGGAGGAGUGGAGAGCCAGGAGGGAGGUGGAGGAGAGCAGGGUCAGAGCCACGGCGGCCAUGUUGGAGGAGGAGAGACAUGGACAGGUGAGGAAGAGGACAGAUGUCCAGAAGAGAGGAGCGGAGGAGAAGGAGCAGCAGAUCACUUCUCUGCUGCAGGAGAAGGAGGAGGUGAAGAGGCUCCUGAUGCUUCGAGAAACUGAGGUGUACGCUCUCACUCAGAGGACGGAGGAGCUGGAGACGGACAGAGAUCGAGUCCGAUUGGCUCUGGAGAGAACUGAGGCAGCUGUGAUUGGCUACAAGGAGAGAAGCCACCAACAGGAGCAGAGCUCAGGGGCGGGACCAAACUCAGGGGCGGGACCAAACUCAGGGGCGGGACCAAACUCAGGAGGGCGUGUUGGGUACAGACUCGCUGCCCUCCAGCGUCUCGUUGCUGAACUGGAACUCGAACAACAACGACUGAACAAGAAAAACUCACAUCUGGAAAAUACCAAAGAAAAACUGAAGAGAGAGAGACACACACUGAGAGACACACUGAGACAGGUGGAGGACGAGCGAUCGAGGCUGCAGCUGAUUGUAAGCAGCAGGUCUCAGGAGUCCACAGACACCACAGAAGAAGAGCGUCUGCGGAGUCGAGUGCUGGAGCUGGAGGAGCAGGUCAGUCAGCUCCAUCUCUCAUUGGCUGUGGAUCAACAGCAGAGGGCGGAGUUUAUCCAGCAGUCGUCCAGGAACAGCGAGUGGCUGCUCUCCCUAAGACACGACCUCGGUGAUUCGCUCGCCAUCGUCACGCACAGUCCAAUCCCAUCGGUCCUGGAGUCUGAGACACAGCGAUUGGACCGCAGCCUGAGGGAGGAGGAGCCGAGGAUGUCGCUCAGCCAAUCAUAACGCCUGAAAAAAUAUAAACUCCAAAAUGAAGCUUUUGGCCAAAUGCAGUCAGCUGUUCUGUCACCAUGGAAACAGAUCGAUAUUUCAGAGGAUAUUAAAGUGAUGAUCUGUUUCAUCUGUGUCACCGGACACGAAACAGGAAGUGAAGUGUCCAACCACAGGUCACGUCUCUGACGCUGGUUCAAGCAGCAGCCAAUCAGCAGCCAAGCAGCAGGAGUGUGUACCUGCAACAUGAGGCUCCCUUUGUGUACAUGUGAAAGUUUUGAUUGUUUUCUAUUUGUAUUUCUAUUCUGUUUACAUUGUUUCGACAUACUACGUUUCCCAUGAUCCUCAGCCUUAGCUGCUUCUGGUUCACGUGAAGGUUAAAGGUCGGCGCUGAUUGUUGAAAGUUCAAUAAAGAUGUUAUAAACUGAA